AUGCCUGCGACUGGCAAUAUCUAUGCUUGGAUGGACGCGCAUAAGAAUAUAAAACUAGAAAAAGACGAGCACGGUGGCCUGAAAUGGCUGCUGGUCGUUGAUGAUACCGAACGCAGCGCCUUGGACUUCGCCAGAGAUGCUAGCACUCCGCAAUGGCAGCUACAGGAGGCGGUUCAGCUAGAAUAUAAAACAUUAUGGGAUCAAUUUAACCUAUACCACACCUGGUCGCUUACAGAAGCGGCCAAGCAGGGCGAUUUGGUCGCGGUCCGACGCCUAGUGGAGGCUGGUGCCGAGAUCUAUAUGCAAGAUGAUGGCAGCGAGAACAACUACUCCGCACUCCGAAUAGCGGCUCGUAAAGGACACGAUCGUAUGGUUCAAUAUUUUCUGGACGCGGAAAAGGACAAGCUCUCCCGUCAUAUAUAUACCCCGGAACGACUAGAGCGGGCAGUACGAAGUGGAAACCAUGAAGAGGUGGAGCGCAUGAUUCCAGAGCGGGACUUCAUCUCUCGAUCGUUAAGUGCCAAAAGCAAGGCGUUGCGUGAGGCAGCUGAGUGUGGGAACCUGGAGCUUCUUCAGUUGCUGUCGGCAAAUGGAGCUCAAAUCAAUGCCAAACGGGAUUACCCCCCGUAUAUGACGGCCCUGGAGUCUGCGGCCCAGGGAGGUCAUUUGCCGUGUGUGCGAUAUCUCCUGCGACACGGUGCUACCACGGCUCCCCAAAGCUCUCAUUCUUCGGCGCUGAAGCGAGCCUCGGCCGGGGGCUUUUCUGACGUAGUGGAUGCCCUCUUGCAAGCAGGGGCAGCGCCCAAUGAUGACAAUUCCCUCCAUGCAGCAGCAUUUGGGGGUCAUCUGGAAAUUGUCAAUCGGCUGGUGGAUGCCGGCGCCGAUAUCGAUGCAAGUCACGAGUACGAGAACAGCUUCCGAGACGGACAUCUCACAGCGCUACAGGAAGCAGCUCGCGGAGGGCAUCUGAAUGUGGUUGACGCACUUGUGCGGAUUGGUGCCGAUGUGAAUGCGUUACCUCGAGAUCGAGGUAUGACCGCACUCCAAGCAGCGGUUUCCUGUAAUUCCCCGGAGAUGGUGAGAUAUCUCAUCGCCGCGGGUGCCAAUAUCAAUGCUCCCGCCGAGGAAUGGGGUCGCACUGCUCUCCAGAAAGCAGCCGAGGUUGGUAGUAUAGAGAUAGUGGACAUGCUGCUUGAUGCAGGAGCAGUACUGGAAAGGUCGGCACGCCGAUAUGUGCAAGACGCUCCCGCACUAGAGUUAGCGAUCAAAGGUGGACAUCUUAGUGUGGCGGCGAGACUUCUCCAGAAGAUAGAGAGAACGGGAGAGCAAGCGCAGAAGCAUUGCUAUGACCCCCUAACCCUAGCGCUGCAUGCGGCCGCCUUUCAGGGCUACGAACAUAUUGUUCGCCGUCUAUUGGAAGUUGGAGCACCGAUAUUGGAGCUAGACAGCCCAACCCUUUUGGUCCCUCACACUGCAUCCAAUGGACACACUGCAAUUGUGAAAAUUCUUCUUGAUGCUGGAGCGGAAAUGGAUGGCACCUCCUCCCGAUAUUCUCGCACAUCACACUCCACGACCGCAUUGCAGAGUGCCGUGGCUGGUGGCCACCUGAGUACCGCCCGUUUGCUUCUUGAGUAUGGAGCGGACAUAAACGCUGCCCCAGCGAGAGUCAAAUCGCCCUUACAUCUGGCCUGUCGGAAUGGGGACGUUAUCAUGGCACGUAUGCUGUUGGAUGCCGGGGCGAACAUUCAUGCCUUGUCGUACUCUGGAAAAUCAGUGCGCCGAUCGGCCGAGAAAGGUGGCAGCGUAGAAAUACUACAAUUGCUUAACAUGAGAGAGGCUCUAGAGCCUUCCGACGGGAACGAAACAAAGAUACUUGACGUGUCCACUAUAGCCAAAAGGGGGUUAUGUUCAACCUGUUUAAGAUUACCCCUGGAGAUAUUCACUAGUUCAAAGUGGUCACGACGUUUCCAACCUUGGUUCCACCCAUCGCUGGUAUCCCUCGAAGAAAGUGCUCGAGGGGGGUGCCCUUUUUGCCUCUUUUUUUGGAAACAGCUGGGCAUCAGCGUGAUUUCGAUUCCUCAACCUAGCAGAGUCCGAAUAUUUUACGCUAGAAGUUCCACCGACGACGUUGCCCAGAUGUUUAGUCAGGUAGAUGAGCCAUAUCCCAAAGAUAUUGAAAGACCCAGAAGUGAACGCGCAGACUUCCAAGCUUGUGUAGAACCUUUUGACGGAAAGGUCAAGGCGCUCCCAGGCAAUACCCAGUCUGCCGAGACAUACCAGCAAAUUGUGACCUGGCUCCGACAGUGCAUCCAAAACCAUCCCGCAUGUACUGUAGGCUCCAACGGUCGUUUCCGACCAACCAGGCUAAUUGACCUGACGGACUGGGGCCGCGGAAGAGCCGCGAAACUCGUUGAAAGCAAUAGCAUUCAUCGCGACCAGUCCAUCCUAUAUAUAGCCUUAAGUCACCGGUGGGACGGACAAAUCACCGCUGCGGCGUCCACAACGUCGGAGAACAUUCUCCCACGGCUUGAGCAACUGACCGUUGAUACGUUGCCACGGAACUUUGUACAUGCGAUGGAAGUUACAUAUGCGCUCAAGAUCAACUAUCUUUGGAUUGAUUCGCUCUGCAUUCUCCAGGAUUCAAGAGAGGACUGGGAUCAGGAAUCAUCCCUGAUGACCGAGGUGUAUCAGAAUUCCUACUGUACAAUCUCAGAUCAAUCGGGUCAAACCAGCUCGGUAGGGCUGUUCUGUUCAGGGGGCGUACAGAAUGACUCGGUCGAAUUUCGAUGCAGCUCCCUAAAGGGCCGGUCGUCUAAGAUGGUUCGUGCAGUGAAGGCCCAACCAUCAUGGGUCACUCUGUUCAAGCGAGGUCCGUUACAAAGUCGCGGCUGGUGCCUGCAGGAGCGGGAACUGUCGCCACGAGUAUUACAUUACACUCCAUCGCAGGUUCUUUGGGAGUGUCGCGCAUUCAAAGCAUCGGAAGGCUGGCCGACGAGGGAUAUCUCCAGUGAACUUUCUAAGGGCCACUCCGGACAUAACCUCCGAAUCCUCGACCGUAUCCAGGCACUAGAUACUCAUGAGGUCUACGCCUCGUGGUUAAACACCGUUCGGGAUUACGCGUCUCGCAGUCUGACCAAAUACGAGGACACAUUCCCCGCCCUCAGUGGCCUCGCUCGCAUCGUGCAUGGAUAUAUCCACUGCGACUAUGUGGCGGGCAUGUGGGCUGCUGACCUGCGGAGGAGCAUCGCAUGGGCACCCGACGAACACAUGAAUGACACCCGCUUCUCAACCUCGCGACAUGCCACGUACGUUGCUCCUACUUGGUCCUGGGCGUCGGUGAUGGGAACGAUCAAUUUUUACAAGGCCAAGGCGCUAUCUCGGGAUGUAUCCGAGGAGACUGCUGCCGUUAUUGACGGCUGGAGGAUCACGCAUUUGACUCGAGAUCCCUUCGGCCAGAUCGCAACGGCAGAAUUGCAUAUGACUGCCCCAAUCCUGACGGCGGUUCUUGACUACCACUCGGCUGCCUCGUAUUAUUACCUUCACGGUCCCCACGAUACGGGGAGUAAGUGGUACGGACAGAUGGCCUUCGAUGUCGAGGUUGAGAGCGUAUCACUACAAGUGGUGUGGUGUAUCCCUCUUUUCACCAGUGAUACUAGGGGCGGUAUCGGCCUGGCCCUAGUCCCCGUUCAGGGCCAGGAACACACGUACCGACGGGUUGGACGUAUCUGGGAGCUGGAAAUGUCUCAUUUCCAAACGCUGGAGAGACAGAGUAUCGUCCUCAUCUGA